AGUAUCGCUUGCGCAACGAGUAGUCGUAGUAUACUCUGAAACGUAUUGUUUGUUUUAAUAUGGUCUAAUAAUAAUACGUUUAUAGUGUACAUUAUUCACACUAUUCGUAUUCGGCAUGUGUUCGCAACAAUUGUUUGUUUAUUGAAAAUUAUGUCGGUGUUGUAUAAAAUAUCUCAAAGCGAACGCAUACCCACAGUUCCCGAUGUUAAUACCGAGAACAACUACAUGUCUCAUGUCUCGUUUAUCCAGUCUUGCCAAGGCCGCGAUAAGGUUCAGCGUCGAUAGCGCACAAUCGGCGCACACGGUGGCCAAUACGAUUUUUAUGGUUUGCUUUGCUCAUUAUCGGCGUGAAGAGUGAUAAUCCGCGGGUGGAGGCGCCGGUUCCGCGUCAGUGCGUCUGUUUCUGCUGCCUGGCAUAACACGGUGUAAAUAAGGAACUAUGGGGCGGCACCGUGAUCGCUGGCGGCGGUAAUGUGACGUGAUCCAGCUCCUCAGAGCCCGUGACAGUGUUAGUGUUGUGUGUUAUAGUGAUGACGUCGCCUCCUAAGCCUCCUCAGUUCAGCUUUCCUCCUGAGAGCUACUCUGCUGUGUACACGAGCGACGACGGCGCGACUAGUGUGAAUAACGGUCUACAGUGCGACUCCUGUGAGAUUUCUCCCGUCAGUUCUCCGCCUACGAAGCUCUUCGGCUGCUUUCAAUGCGUGUUUCAAAAUGGAGUUAGAGAUAUUCGGAAAGACAAACAUGCGACAGAAAAAAAGGUUGCUGUACCUGGCAAAGAGGAAGAACGCUGGCGCAAAGAUGAGGGUGCUCUCCUGUUUAAACGCUGGAGACGCGGUCCUGCGCCAGCGGAGUCCGAUACCACCCAGGCGCCAGCCCAAGCUGCGCAGCCCUCGGAACUACUUAAGUUCCUAGCUAUUAAUGCAUUGGAAUUAUCAGCUCCGGCUUCGGACGCACUACUGAAAUCCCGAUCUUCAGAAUGGUUCCAGCUAUCCGGCCACCCCGGGUCGCUGGCCCCCGCGGGACCAGGCACGGUGUGGAAGCGCCGGGCGCCCGGAGACCACCCUGCGCACAAUCCCGAACGCGAUACCUACGAGGCGCUAGCUGCUUGCCCACACAUGCGCUCCGCCAUUCCUCGCUACUAUCGGGAACUCGAGUAUUCCGGAGAACGGUUCAUUGAACUACAAGACCUUUUGCACGGAUUCCGUGACCCCCACGUCAUGGACAUUAAGAUGGGAACACGCACUUUCCUCGAAGAUGAAGUUAGUAAUGCUCGUGCGCGUACCGACCUCUAUGAGAAGAUGGUGCGACUUGACCCUAAAGCACCCACCGAAGCGGAGCACGCUGCACGCGCUGUCACCAAACUGCGCUAUAUGCAGUUCCGCGAACAGCAAUCGUCGUCCGCAGAACAAGGUUUUCGGAUCGAAGCGGUCAAACUACCCGGCCAGCCUCCUCUUACGGACCUUCAAAAAGUCCGCGAGCCGCAGCAGCUCGCCGCCACGGUCGCAAGAUUCCUUGGAAAUGAUGACAGAGCCCGCAAUGCGAUCGCCGCCCGUCUUCGAGAGAUAAGAGACCUAUUUGAACGCUCUGAUUACUUCAAGACACACGAAAUAGUCGGGAGCAGCAUUUUCAUCAUCUACGAUGACGAGCGUGUUGGUGCUUGGCUGAUUGACUUUGCAAAAACGAGAAAAGUGCCGGAAGGUACCGAAGUAAAUCACCGUGCGGCUUGGGAACAAGGCAAUCACGAGGAAGGAUUCCUGUUUGGUUUAGAUAGACUGAUAGAUACUAUGGAAACUGCUAAAUUACCUCCACAAAAUGAUGAAUCGGUGGCAGAACCUGAUGUGUCACGUUGAACAUUUUGGCGAGAGGACCCUGGACUCGCCUCGGUCGUUGUCACCGUUCGCUUGGCCUCGUGCCUUGUACUGCUUCCAGGCGCUCGAGUUGACGCGUGGAGAUGUACCUACCCAAAAACGUAUUGUGAUAUGUUCAUGUAAAGAGAAUUGCGAUUGAUCGCCUUAAAUGUUGAUCUAGUCCAUAGUUAUUAUUAAAACUUAAUUAUUUUUCGUAAA